ACUAACAUUAAGUGCCAUAAUAUUGAAUGCAAAACAAUAACCCCGUUAUCAUAAUCCCUUAAAUGCACCUCCUACCUAUUUUAACAGUCACGAAAACAUGGCGCAAUCUCUUAAUCUCUCUCUCCAUAUAAUAACCCUUUGUUCAGAAUCAAGCUAAAUUAACCUAAAAGGGAAAAAAAUUAAACUUGAUAUUUCAUUCUUAUACACUUCCCCGUCCAUGUGUACGUAGUCCACAUGCUAUAAAAUCCCCCACUUCAACCUUCUUUGGACACACACUGUUAACACAUCCUUGUGAUCCUCUUGGUCUUUCUGUGAAUUGAGUUGACCAAUACCAUGGAGCUUCCUCCAACCUCCACCCUGAGCGUGGAGACCAUUCAGCCCAAGCCCAGCCCACUUCGUAAAAUGUUCGCCGUGGCAUCCAUAGCUGCGGGCAUACAGUUUGGGUGGGCUUUACAGCUCUCCCUAUUGACCCCUUACGUGCAACUGUUAGGAGUUCCACACGUGUGGGCCUCCUUCAUCUGGCUGUGUGGGCCCAUCUCCGGCCUGGUAGUGCAGCCCAUUGUGGGUUACUAUAGCGAUCGUACCACCUCUCGCUUCGGCCGCCGCCGUCCCUUCAUCUUAGCAGGCUCCGUCGCGGUUGCCAUCGCCGUGUUUCUCAUCGGCUACGCAGCGGAUAUAGGACACGCCAUGGGCGACGAUUUGAAGAAAAAAACACGCCCCAGAGCGGUCGCGUUUUUCGUCAUAGGUUUCUGGAUUCUUGACGUGGCUAAUAACAUGUUGCAAGGACCCUGUCGUGCCUUUUUAGCUGAUCUGGCUGCCGGCGACCAUAAAAAGACGAGAGUGGCCAACGGGUUCUUCUCGUUUUUCAUGGCCAUCGGCAACGUGCUGGGGUACGCGGCAGGGUCGUGGAACGGUCUGCACAGGAUCUUCCCGUUCACGGAAACGAAAGCGUGUGACGUGUUCUGCGCUAAUCUGAAAAGCUGUUUCUUCUUCUCCAUCUUGUUGCUGCUCGUGUUGGCGACAGUGGCGCUUAUUUACGUGACGGACGAGGCGGUGGCGGCACGUGAGGUGGAGGAGGGGGAGGUGCAACCCUCGUGCUUCUCUCAGCUAUUCGGUGCGUUGAAGGAGUUGAAGAAACCCAUGUGGAUGCUCAUGUUGGUCACAGCGGUCAACUGGAUAGGGUGGUUUCCCUACUUUUUGUACGGCACCGAUUGGAUGGGACGCGAGGUCUACGGUGGGAACGCAGGGGAGGAUGCGUACGCUGCGGGCGUGAGAGCGGGGUCGCUGGGGCUCAUGAUAAACGCCAUCGUUUUGGGGUUCAUGUCGCUGGCGGUGGAGCCUUUGGGCCGCAUUGUGGGAGGCGUGAAGACGCUCUGGGGGAUUGUAAACUUUAUACUCGCGAUUGGGUUCGUAAUGACCUUGGUUAUCACCAAGGCGGCGGAGCACCAGCGGCGGUGGGACCCCGCCGCCGUCGGACACCCCUCCGCCGCCGUCAAAGUUGGCUCCUUGGUCUUCUUCGGGGUUCUCGGAAUCCCUCUCGCGAUUAAUUUCAGUGUUCCUUUUGCUCUAGCAUCCAUAUACUGCAGCUCUUCUGGGGCAGGCCAAGGUUUAUCUUUGGGAGUCCUCAAUCUUGCAAUUGUUUUACCACAGAUGGUGGUGUCUGCAUUAAGUGGUCCAUGGGAUAACUUGUUUGGUGGUGGCAACUUGCCGGCUUUCAUGGUGGGUGCGGUGGCGGCGGCGCUGAGCGCCGUCAUGGCGAUUAUCCUCCUGCCAACUCCAGAGCCAGCUGAAGAGGCCAAGGCUGCAAACAUGGCCUCAGGGGGUUUUCACUAGUUAAUUAAUUUCAUUUUCGUCCCCAAAAGAAAAAUAAAAAAACAAAUAAGAAAAGAAAUGAAUAAAAGGUCUUUUUUUUUUUUAUUUAUUUAUUUGAAGCUAGUGUGUAAUUAUCUAUGUGCUAGACCCACCAAGUGCUACAUUUGUCAUUCUUGUAGCACCCACUAAACAUAGUAAUUGUAGAGGUUUGGUGUGAUUGUACAGAAUUCAAUGGAUGCAGGACCCAUCCUCGGGUAUAAAUUUAGUAUCUAUGUGUUCA